GCUACCAGAAGGGAAUUACUAGUUUGCGAUAAGAAAUACACCGGAACAAAGGCAACCGGAGACCCGGAGAUUGAUCGAAUGCGCUUUACGGCUUACUCGAGCUGCAGCAAAGUUCGCCAAUAUGACGAUGGCGAUGCGGGAAACGUGAGAUUCAAACAACUGUGGUGAAUCGCGAUAUACAUAUACGUGCGCAUACUUGAUAUACGAAGCGCGACAGAAUUUUCAGCGAUGAUCACGAGCUAUAACGUGAUGCCGCUGAGGAAGCACGCGGAAAUCAGUUACCACGUGAAAUGCAUCGCGGUGGAAAACGAGCGCGUGUUCGGCGACGUCUACGUCACCCAGCAGACGUGGGAUCGGGUUUGCCAGCCGGAGAAUUACGCUUUUCUAUCGGAGCACAGAAGGCGGAGGCGCAACUUGAUACAACGAACCCUGGACGGACCGGAUUUCAUGAAGCUGAAUAGCAAACAGCCGACCGGAAAUGCGAGAUCGUGCUGGCAAAAACGCAGCAAGUCUGUGGGGGAUAAGCCUGGCAUGAUCGCGUUUAAUUAUGAGAAUGCUGACAAUCGCGACACGAUCGCCAAGAGACCCAAGAUAUACCCGCCACCUUUACGUUGCUCACCGCCGCAGAAAGAAAUUAUGAUUACCUCACUAGUGGAUCAACUAUUGUUGGACAUUUAUGGCAUUCCGAUGGGUGACAGGGAACGUUCAGAAAGCGAAUCAACGGCAUCGUCCUUGAAACCACGCCCGCAACAUCAAUAUCUGCAGAAAGCUCGUCUGCUAUUGAAAAGAAAGGAUGAACUGCAGAUCCUGCUUGUGACUUUACAUGAUCACAUCAUUCACACAGGCGGACUACUUAUCCGCCAGCUGCGUCGAAAGGAUUAUCUUAUUUCCAAACGUGACAAACAGUAUGAUAUUAUUACGGCUUAUUUGCAAGCACACAGCGCAAAGCGAUUCGAAGAUACAAAAAUGAGAUUCAGUUUGACUCCGCAACCGGGGAUUACGCAAUGGCUAGAUGCCAUGAAGAUGGUUGCCAAAUUACAAGGGGGAAUACCACCAGAAUUUCGGAAAAGGUUAUGGUUGACAUUGGCGGAGCGUCAUCUGGAAAAGCACGGUGUAGAUUGGAAGCAGGCUGAGAAGAUUUGUUUCAAUGAGUGGAGUAAUCCUGACGACGAAGAGCUCGGCAUACAAAUCGUGAAGGAUCUGCACAGGACAGGCUGCAGCCUGUUCUGCGGCGCUGCCGGCCGGGAUAAUCAAGCGGUUCUGCGUCGAGUUUUGCUUGGCUUCGCCCGUUGGAACAAAUCCGUGGGCUAUUGCCAGGGUCUAAACGUAUUAGCCGCCCUAGUCCUGCAAGUGGUGGACCGCGAGGAAUCCUCGGCUGUAAAGGUGAUGAUAUAUCUGAUAGAAGGCGUCCUACCGGAGGGCUAUUUCGCCGAUAAUUUGCGCGGCCUCUCUGUCGACAUGGCGGUAUUUCGAGAUCUCCUGCGGUCGAGGCUGCCGAAAUUGUCCAAGCACCUGGAGGCACUCCAGAGCGACGCGAAGGAUAAAGCGACGGGAAACAGCUACGAACCGCCGCUCACGAAUGUGUUCACUAUGCAAUGGUUCCUUACGCUUUUCUGCCACUGCUUACCGCAGGAAGCAGUGCUUCGUGUCUGGGAUCUGAUAUUUCUGGAAGGUAACGAAGUGCUCCUUAGAACGGCACUCGCUAUCUGGGAAGGCCUUUCGAAUCGCAUAAUGACCGUAACGUCAGCGGAUGAGUUCUACAGCAUAAUGGGAGUACUUACAAGAGAGAUGCUAGAAUUCACCGACACAAACAAUCUCAUAAAGAACAUCGUUAGCAUGGGACCUUUGCAAGGUGUGGCAAAUUUGAGAGACAAGCAUCGAUUCAACAUCACACCGUGGGCGCGCAGGCUAAGCGACGACGAUGACAGCGAGGCGGAAGAGGAUGAGAGAGUGGCUGUAACGGCUGCCAUGUUCAACAUGGCCCAACGUAUAAAAAAAGAUCGUAUACCGACAAUAGGAGCAUUACAAGCGAUUGCACCCAGCAGUGAUCGAGACCGACUUGCUCUCGAUAUUAGUACGCUGAAGCAGCAAUAUGCAAAACUGCGAGAACGACAGCGGCAAGCACACAUAAUACUCUCUGCCGCGUGCGCAAGACAGACCAUGGUACCUCCUUCUACAGCCAUGAAUCAUCUAUUAGUAGGGAAAAAUGCCCUCGUAAGUGGAAAGAGUCGACCGUUAAGCCUGCCGUCUGCCACUGCCACAUCGAAGUUACGGCCGACGGCCCUUCACAGCCCGAAAAGUCGCAGGGAUAGACAAGGUGUCACGCUUCAUUGGAAAGAUGCAAAAAGGCCGAAACAAAAGGCUGGCGAUGCUGGUGAUGCCGAUGCCUUUGGUUCAGCAUUUUUACAAUCGCCUCCAGAAACGUCAUCUGUGACGUCGCCCAGCCGUACCGCUGACAGCGAUAGUGACAGCACGUCAACUGAAUUGUGCGAUGAGCCGGAUCAUCUGAGCGACGUCGAUAGCGAGGAACUUACGUCAGCGUCCGACUCUUGCGUCAUGGAUGACGAAAAGCAUGCUUGUGUCGAAGGUUCAUUGACCUCGACGAGUACACCUGCGCGUUCGUAUAUUAAAAGCGAGCCGACGAUGACGGUCGAGGAGCCGCAGAUGGAUCCGAUUCUCGAGCGCAGCGAUAAAUUCCCGUCGUUAACUGAGAUCUCGAUCGCCAAGAUCACCGAUCAAAUACGAAGACUCUCGGCGGAGGAUGACAAUAACACUACGGUUCCUCAGAUAACAAGCGCGCGCGACAACGACGACCUAUUGUUGACGAGCGAUUACUCGAUCAAGAGAUCACAGGCGAAGAAAACGGAAUCCACGUCGCAGGAUUUCGAUUAUACGACGAGCGAGGAUGUGACAAGUUCGUCGAAGACUGUGAAUAAUUACGAUUAUUUAAGCCUCAAAUCUCAUCUCGUCGAGGAGACGACGGACGAUAUUCUAAUGCACAAAACGAAAGAUGUAGAAGAAAGGGAAGAAGUUAUUCAAACUGGCAGUGAUACGGAUUUUAAGACGGACAUAAUGGAAUUCACUGCGAAUACAUUGCGAGAUAAUUCUAAAGAACAAACAAGCAUCUCUUUAGAUAGAAAUUACGAAAAGUAUAUCGCCCCUUUAGACACAAGCGAGGAACCCUUCGAAUCCACCCUAAGAUUUUCCAGCAGAGUUUAUUCAAAUUCUAAAAGCAAUAACGAUUCGAACGACGAUACGAAUGUUGAGAGCAACAGAAUUUUGAAUCUCGCGACAGAUUCGCGGUCUUUUUAUUCCAAAAGAUAUGUCGUCGGCCACCUUCCAAUUUCUCCGAUAACGAUGGAUGACAAACUAACGAAAUUAUCACCUGAAAUAUAUAACAUUGCGCUAAAUUCGGAAAAUCUGGCAAGUCCUGAUGCGGCUUCAACGAAAGAUAUUUUUGGCGACAAGCAGCAAAUUAAAUCGUAUUCGAAUUUAAAAACAAGCCCGAAAUCUCCGGAUAGCGCAAAAUAUAACAUUUCGAUAAAUUCGGAAAAUCUGGCAAGUCCUGAUGCGGCUUCAACGAAAGAUAUUUUUGGCGACAAGCAGCAAAUUAAAUCGUAUUCGAAUUUAAAAACAAGCCCGAAAUCUCCGGAUAGCGCAAAAUAUAACAUUUCGAUAAAUUCGGAAAAUCUGGCAAGUCCUGAAACGGCUUCAACGAGAGAUAUUUUUGGCGACAAGCAGCAAAUUAAAUCGUAUUCGAAUUUGAAAGCAAGCCCGAAAUCUCCGGAUAGUGCAAAAUAUAAUGUUGCGGUAAAUUCGGAAAAUCUGGCAAGUCCUGAAACGGCUUCAACGAAAGAUAUUUUUGGCGACAAGCAGCAAAUUAAAUCGUAUUCGGAUUUGAAAACAAGCCCGAAAUCUCCGGAUAGCGCAAAAUAUAACAUUUCGAAAAAUUCGGAAAAUCUGGCAAGUCCUGAAACGGUUUCAAUGAGAGAUAUUUUUAGCGACAAGCAGCGCAUUAAAUCGUAUUCGAAUUUGAAAAAAAGCCCGAAAUCUCCAGAUAGCGCCAAGUCGUUUAGCUCUGGAGAGACAAUGGGUCCCGAUUCGAAGCCUUCGAGUCUGACAGCGAGUCCAAGAACACCAAUUAAAUCGGACUCACGUGACUUCACAAUGGAUAAAUCAGCUUGUUCCAUCAGCUCAGAUUCCAAAACCCUCGUUCUCCAUUCCGUGGGCUCGGAUAUCGCGCACGAUCCGAGGCCGAUUACGAAGAAAAUGUCGUACGAAAAAUCGAGUCCGUCAACUCCCAUCAGUACGGAUUCCCUGAGAAACAAGCCGGAGACGAGUCCAAAAUUCGUGAUCAGCAGCUCCAGCGACUCGUGCAGCCCGAGCAAAUUUAAGUCUUCCGAAAGGUCAUUCAGUUCCGAUCUGCAAUCGCCCAUAAGUGCCAACUCUAUAAAGUAUACCUCGAACUAUGGUAAACGAGGCCAGGAUAACCUGUCAAAUUCGCCAAUCGAUCUGAGCAGCGCUACCUCGCCGUUUUAUCCCAUCGCGAAUCCUAAUCAGAAAACGCCGUCGCCGUACGACGUAAGCAAGCGAGGAUGUAGCGAAGAAAGCGCAGAAACAUCGCCCGAUCAGAAGUCAAUCAACUCGAAGGACUCGACCAGAUUCUCGGGAUAUCAAGCGAAACUAGACAUCUCGACGUCGAAAUCGAUCGAAGCUAAAGCUAGCGAGAUUUCCGAAAGACUCUCUGAGAGAAACGAACUGUUUGUCAAACCGCAAUUCAGUCUGAAUACGGAGCUGAACGCGAGUUACACAUCGAGGGAGAAGAACAAAGCUGAUUUGAGCUCUUACGAAUCGAUCGACGACGAGUCGCAUCGCAAAUGCGGAGAUUUCCUUGUCGACGACACGGCGGACGAUCCGCUUUCUGAAAAGGAUACAGUGCCUCAAUUGCCGUACGAGAAGCUCGACAAACAUUAUCUGAAUUAUAAUUACAAACGUAGAGACCGAUCGCGAUUGACUGAGAGGAGCUCCAGCAGUUUGGAAAGGAGAUACACCGAUUUGAAGUCUUCGGUCUCGACCGACGAAUUCAACACGACUAUGGCGAAGAAAAGAUCCAGCGAUAUCCUGGAAAAUAUGAAGCACCUGGAAGCAAAGGUUCUUAGCGAUGGCUCGCCCGAUACCAAUAUGCUAACGAAAAAGUCGAGUGACAUCUGGGAAGACAUGAAGAGUUUAGAAGCGAGACGGCAGGAUACUUUCAGCAAUUCGGCGAGCGGUUUCUCGAAACGGCGCCUAGAAAUCCCGGAUAUAAAUAUAACGAGCGAGGGUAGGAAAGCUUACGUGGUGCACCCUAGAAUCAACAUCGACGAGAACAGCGACAGUAUACUGAAAAGCAUAGCGUGCAACAAGAAUAAUAAUAAUAGCGAUACGGUGGACGAUGGAAGGGAAUCGAAGGUCGGCGUUUGGACGAAGGUAAAACCGCGUAAAAAAGGCGACAACGGACGCAGAAGUAGCGACAGGGCAUUGAAAAUUAUUCAGGAAAACUCGGCGAUAUUGCACAAAAUACUGGCUUGUCAGGCGAAGAAACGUUUACCAGAUCUGGAGGAGAUAUCCAAGGAGAUCACCAUCAGUCCAAUAAACGAGGAAAUUUCCAAGAUAUUCAGCCCGAUUCUCGAAAAAAUGGGGCUAAAUGAGCACGAGAUAAACGAGGAAUUGGCUCGAAUAAAUUUCAAAGACUUCGACAACAUGAGCGCCACAAGCGUAUCGGAGUUCGACGCCAAAAUCAAUGAAGAAUUAACGAAACUUUCUCUCAUCGACGAUGAGGAACAAAUCGAUCAUCUGGCCGUAGACGAGAUCAUAUCGCACGAAUAUUUGCACACACGGGAAGCGUUCAUAGAUCAUAAGAUAAAUGAGGAGCUCUCGAAACUGCUCGCGAAUUACGAGGAGGACUCUCCACCGAGCAUAAUUAAUCUGGAGCAAAACUCCUCCAGUCAGAACAUAAGCGAAAUAGAGGGCCUCGACCUCACCAGUAUUUCGACGAACGUAUUCUCAUACAAAUCCUCCAACGAUUCCAUCGAAACCAGGAGCGACUUGGAACCAGCGCAGGAUGCUGCGAUACAGUCGGAAAAAUUCCCGUUUGCGACAUUGAAAUAUGAGAAAAGCAUGUCGCCCAGAAGUGACAUGGACAUCUACAGAGAACUGGAAAAACUAAAAAAGAUCUCGAGUACGCAGAUGCUGCCGGAAACGCCUCUGAAAAUCUCGCCGAAACGAUUGUCUCCCAUUACGUACAUUUCCGACAGCUUGCCUUAUCCGGAGGUGUCGCCCGCGACGAGAUACACGAAAGCGAGCCUGUUCGAUUCCACAUCGCUCAAGGAUACCUACGAGUCUUACAAGAAUUUCGACUUCCCGAGCAGGCCGUCGCCGCGGGAAAAUCCUUAUAUCACGUACGAUAAACCGGAUGACACGUUCGAAUACAUGGAUUUGAAACCGAAAAUCGUCCUCGAUUCCUACGAUCUGCAUCUAAAGAGCCCGAUACUGUCCAAGGAAGCUUUGGAAUUUCGCGUAAGAUACGAGGAAGAAUCGCCGAAACCGACUGACGGCGAAUACGUCGUUCAGGAUGACAAACCGACGUUUUCCUUAAACGCGGCGAGUUCUUAUUACGGUAAAGGCAAUAAUAAAGCGAUUACGCCAACGAAGUGUACCAAUAAGGAAGAAAAGUCCCUGGAUCUCGAGGAUUAUUCCAGCGACAUGUCGGAUUUUCUACGUCACAAGUACAGCACCUUGUCGCCGAAGGAAUAUUCUUACGUCAGAAACACGGACUACGACAAACCGUUAAGCACUUUGCCGCAUGUCGUGGUAGAUGCCGAGCCGGAUAACGGCUCGUAUCUGUCAACAAAGUACCGCGACUACAAUGUAUUAUCGCCUAGUCGUCAAUACAAAGAUCAAUAUUUCUCCUCUAGCCCAAAUCAUUAUACUCCGCAAUUGUCACCAAGUCUGGCAAAUGAAGCGAAGAGGCCUGUCUCGCAUCCGGAAUCCCCGAACAAAAUAAAUGUCGGCAAAUACGGAGAAGAUUUAACGAGUGAGGAAUUGAAUUGUUACAAGAAAUCGACGCUGAGCCUCGGUAACAUGGAAAACGUGAACAAAGACGACGAGAAUGACACUUCUUCGAGUCCGAAGACGCACUUCAACCCGUUUCCCGUUAGAAAUAAUGCAAGAAAACCUAAAGAAUUGACGCUAAAGUUGGGAAUAUAUUCGCCGAAUAGCUCCGACUUUGCCCAAUUGAAAAAAUCGUAGUGCUCAGUGAUUUCUCGAAGCGACAGAGCUAUUACGAAAAAAAGUAUCUAUGUUCGCUAAUCAAUCGUGUUUCGAUACACUUAUAUACUUUACGCAAAAACGAAGCAUACCCGAUGGCGUUUCAGUGAGUCGCGUAUCGAUUUUCCGAAUUUAUUAACAAAGUGGGCUUAAAUUGUCGCCUAAACAUUCCUAAAUCGUAAUGCGACACUAUUGAACAAAUUAAAAUGACGUAAGCUUAAUUAGCCGUGAAGUAGUUUUAAGAUUAAAUAAAAUAAAGUCGGGUGUAAGUUUUUCAAUGCUCGAUCACACAUGUAUUACUUCGAAUUAAAUUUUAGUUUGAAUAGUAAACAAAUUUGUUUCGAAGAAAAUCAGACGUAGCGAAAAUCAAUACGGUAAUAACAUAAAAAUUAAUACGCAGGGACCGCGCGCGCGCGUUAUAUCAUAAUCGCGACAAAUGCGAAAUAAUAUCUCCAUGAAUGCAAUUAAAUUUGGGAAUAUUGCUGAAAUAAUACGUCGUGCGUUAUUGACGCGAUUAUGAAAUAGCAAAUCCGGGUAAAGCAGAUUAAUGAUAAAUUCAAUCCCCAUAUUCGGCCGCACGUGUCUCUCGUUUUAUUUCAUUAUUAAAAAUUAAUGUGCACUUCACAGAUAUUCAAAUAGUCAUCGUAAAAAAAGUUUGAAAGAAAUACUAUAUACAACUGCACUUGCAACACUCGCUUAAUGCAAUCGUUAAAUUUAUAAUUAAAUAUGCCUUCGAUUCCCUCCAGUUUUAAACUGUCAAAAUUUCCUACGAGAGAUGCCUUCCAAACUGAUCGCGAUAUUCUCAGAGCUUAGGUUUAAUUAAGAAAAUUUUGCGAAAUGUCUUUCUCACAUCUUCUUAAUUAUAUUAUUGCCAAUUUUUAUUGCGAAGUAAACGAAUAAGUACCUAUAUUAUAAAUUUUCUUCAAAAAGCGGUAUACAAUAUAAUGUACGAUAUAAAUUUAUAAGUUGUCAAUAUAAAGCUUAAUUCACAUAUGUUUGGGCAAAUUCAUCAUAUGGAUUUAUAAAGUUCUAAGCAAAUUAUGAACUAUAAAUUAAAUGUAAAGGAGAUGGAGAAAUUAUGCGUAUAUAUACAUA